AUGGGUGAAGAAGAAGAGGUGGUGGAAUCAACAACGCUGGAAGAAACACCAACAUGGGCAGUGGCUAUUAUUUGUGCAAUCUUGAUAACCAUUUCCCUUCUCCUUGAAUAUGGCCUCCAUCUUUUAACUAAGUUUCUUCAAAGAAACAGAAGGAGAUCUCUCAAUCAGGCUCUUUAUAAGAUGAAAUCAGAGUUAAUGCUUUUGGGUUUCAUCUCCUUGUUACUAACUGCAAGCCAAAGUUCAAUCUCUAAGAUUUGCAUUCCCAUGAGUGUUGGUGAGACCUACCUUCCCUGCCAGAACACUAUAAUUCCAAGUGAUGUAGUGGAAGAAUCCAUUUGCCAAGAGAAGGGAAAAGUUUCUCUUUUGUCAAGACAAGGUGUCCAAGAUCUCCAGUUCUUAAUGUUUGUGUUAGGCUUCUUUCAUGCUCUCUCUUGUGUUCUAGCCUUCGCUCUUGGGAUGGCCAAGAUGAGAAGAUGGGAAUCUUGGGAAGCAGAAACAACGACACUGGAAUAUCAAUUCACCAAUGACCCGAGGAGAUUCAUGCUCACCCAUCAGACAACAUUUGGAAGACGACAUAUGAAGUAUUGGAGCCAGCACCCUCUACUUCGCUGGCCUGUUUGUUUUCUUCGACAGUUUAAAGGGUCUCUCUCCAAAGACGAUUAUUUCACUCUUCGUCAUGGAUUCAUUAUGGCUCAUUUUUCUGGAGGGAAAAGUUUUGAUUUCCAAAAGUUUCUUAAAAGAGCUUUGGAUGAUGACUUUCAUGUAGUUGUUGGGACAAGUCUCUGGCUUUGGGUUUUCAUCAUAUUGUCCAUUUUCUUCAAUGCAUAUGGAUUCUACAGUUACUAUUGGGUUCCUUUCAUUCCUUUGGUGGUGCUUUUGUUAAUAGGGACAAAGCUUCAAGUUAUCAUAACUAGAAUGUGUUUCACAAAUGGUGAAACUGCCCCUUUUGUUAGAGGAACUUUCCUUGUGAAACCCAGUGAUGAUUUCUUUUGGUUUGGCCGCCCUAGAUUGCUUCUCCACCUCAUGCAUUUCAUCCUAUUUCAGAACUCCUUCCUAUUGGCAUUCUUCACAUGGACGUGGUGCAAGUAUGGGUUUAAAUCUUGCUUCCAUAGAACAACAAAGGACAUUGUUAUAAGAAUUGCAAUAGGCAUCAUGGUUCAACUUCUUUGUGGUUAUGUGACACUACCUUUGUAUGCCUUGGUCACACAGAUGGGCUCAUCAAUGAAGAAGGCUGUAUUCAAUGACAGAAUCAUUAAGGGACUAAAGAACUGGCAUGACAGUGCCAAGAGGAGUAUAGCUACCAGCAAAACCAAUUCAACUACCUCUUCUGUACAUAUCACCCCUUCCCACACUGAGGACACUUCAGUAUCUAAAGGAAAAGAGUUUGAAAGUGUAGAAUUUGAUCUUCCAUCAGAUGACUUCAGAAAUAAGAGUGUAACUGAAAUUAAGGAGGAAGAGAAGUUUGAGAAAGAAAUGGAUGACCGAGGAAGCUAUAAUGGAGAGAUAACUCUUCGUUGGCGAAAUGAGAUUGUUGCAGAGUUACCUGAAGAUAACCCUAGCUCAGCAGCUAUAGAUUCUGAGAAGUCUAGUUUGCAUCAGCCAUGA